CGUGGUCGCCCCUGACCAAUGGAGAGUGCCGUUACAGGCGCAAUGCGGCUGUCGGGAUGUAAGGAGGAAUGGCGACGGUCGAGAAGGUUUGAAGGCGAGAGUAGAGCAGAAUUUGACCAAACAGAAGCGGAUCACAGUUUCCAGCAAAACUCGCUAAAAAGACUCUCAAAAUGGAAACAGCACCUAUGAUGUCUUCCUCAUCCAGCGUGGUCUCAUCCUCAAGCCCGCAGACCUCAACCACCCAGGCCAGCCUUGCAUCAAAACAGAGAGACAGCAGAAAGGCCACCGCCACUACUCCCGCCUUCCUCUCCAACCUGGGCAGGGCCACCCUGCGGGGCAUCCGAAAAUGUCCACAGUGUGGCAUCUACAAUGGCACCCGAGGGCUCAGCUGCAAGAACAAGGCCUGCGGGAUCCCCCUUAGAAAUGCUACAGCUGUGAGCAGGAGCAGCAAGACUUGUGCAGUGGAGGUUGUGAAAGUGAUAAUAGACAGUGAAGAGAGAGGGGGGAAAGAGCGAGAGGCUGGAGGAGGUGGAGCCCUGGGUGGUGGCUUAGGUGGAGGAGUUCAGGUGUUUUCAGUGUGUCAUAGAGGAAGAGGAGCCACAGCUACGCAGAUGGGCUUUGUUGAACUUGUGCCCACUGAUACUGCUAUCGCGACAGGCGACGGAGCCACCCUGCUGACCCGCAUCAACCUGGGGCGCUGCUUUGUGCCAUCUUGCAGGCAGGGUCAAAGGUCAAACCAGGGCGAAUCAGAAUCAGGGGUCGCCAGUUCCAAGCAGUCGUCUGACAGCCUCUGCAUCCAUAUCAAGCAAGCUAUAGAGUGUCACAGCCGUGCAACCCCGCUGACCUUAAAGAGCUCUGUCCUGGAGGGGUUGCAGGCCUCCAUUCAGGCCAGGGAGGAGCUGUGGAGGCUGGCCACAGAGUCUCCAGGGCCCCUGGUGCAGCGCGUCGCAAAAGACACCCUGGUGGUAAAGUGCCACACAGAUUCCCAGCAUCCUCUGGGGCUGCUGCACCUUACCGUAGGUGCAGGUGGACUGUGUGAGGUUUCAAAGAGCGAAAAAAGGAGCAGAGAGCAGCAACAUGCCAUUUUCCACUGUGCCUGUCAGUUAAGCAGCAGAAGAAGUAAAGCUGGUGUUGAUGGAGCAGCAGGAUCCACCAACCCUCACCCUCCUCCCAGCUCAGCCACAUCACAGCCCUGCCUUCACUUUUACGCCUGCGUGUGUGCUUUUGCAAGUGAUGAGAAACUGGCUUCAGAGUUUGCUGCAUUCAUCAGCUACACUCCUAGUGGUGUCCAACAGAACACCACCAGUAAAGCAAUUAGUCCCAGUGAGAAGCCCCUGCAACAGGCUGAAUCAUUCAACUCCCAUCCAAAGACAAAGAAACUUCGCCUGGAUGAAUCUCUCUCUGUGGCCUUUCCCUGUGGGGUGGGGAACGAGGGAGUGUCAGCCUCCGGCCUGAGGAAAGCUGGUCAAAGGAAAGCCCCUGGUGCUGGUGGGCUGAAGGCUCCAGGAAGUGCCCAGGUUGUGGAUGAACAUACGGUGACGAUGGGCUUCCACCAGUGGCUGGCCAGUGUCACAGAGAGGAUCCAACAGACAAUGCACUACCAGUCUGAUGGGAAACCACAACCUCUGGUGUAUCACAUUCCCCAGGAGUUCUUCAACGCUCUGCAGAUUCGUCUGUCACUGGGCUCCAAGAAGAAGAGACUGCCUAACUUCACGACAGCGUUUGUGAGAAAUGAUGGACUUCCUCUCGGCUCUCUCUCCAAGUACACCUGGCACAUCACCAGCCCCAUGCAGGUCAAACGCAUCUUUGACACCCCAGAGGUGCCUCUGGAGCUCUCUCAGAGUUUUGUAAAGAACAUUGAUGGCUCUUAUUCACGUUUUCGCUGCCCCGAGCCUCCGUCUGAACCAGAAUCCCCAGAGGCGUACAGGACAGCGGAUCGACCACAGGCUAUACGACCAAUGGAGCUGCGCACAUUCCUCAAAGUCGGACCAGGCUCAGCGGAUCAGAAGGAGGCCAGUCCUUUUGUGAUCGAGUGGAUCCCCGAUUUUCUCCCACGCUCUCAGAUGGGAGAGCUCAGGAUCAGCUUCGAAUUUGGCCAUCAGCAGAGCGGUCAGCCAGAGUAUUGUGAUAAAAUAAGUGCAGCGGAGACAGGGGGUCGUUCCAAGUCAGACUCAAGCCCAUUCAAACUCACAAAGGAUGUUGAAAUCCUUAAGGUGGUUGUCUAAUGGCCCAGUCAUCGCUUGUCAUGACACAUAUGAUGACUCGUGACAGUAUGUGACCUACCCAUACAGUAUAUCCAUGUUAAAUUAUGCAAGGUGUGGAUAAUCAAUUUCCAUAUGAGGUACGCAGUAUAUUAUUGAUCAAAAGCAAUUUUAGAUAAUCUAGUCUGUAGUGUAGCACACAUUGUAAUGCCUUUUCCUUUAUGCAAAAUAUUCAUAAUGUAAAACUUAUAUGUUAUAACUUAUAUUUUUGGAAAAAUAUCUAUUUUUUUAAACAUGUUACCCAUCCAUUUUUUACCCAAAGCGGAUCACACAACCAGUUCUUUUACCAAGAACUUUUUCACCAUUUACUGGUCAUAACUUGUGGUGUCUGUGUAGUGAAACGUUUGAAAAAACAUAUUUUCUCUUGUAUGUUUUGCUGUGUAAGCAUCAAAAAAAUAAAAACAUUAAAUUGAUAAACUGUC